AUGUUCGGCUGGGAUAAAAAUCUAUACUCUUCAAGGAGUUUGCAAAAACCAAGGUUCCUUUUUCGCCGAAGGUUAGGAAGCCGAACAUUUGUUAUCCCAGCAAUCAUUGUUAUGGUCCCUAUCCUUUGUUUAACACUUUUAACAUUAUGGAUGGGUUUUCGACAUGUCACAUAUUCAAUGUCACAUCCACCGUUGGAAAAGAUUGAUGAUAGGCUUGAUCCACUGUUUUCUAAGGGAUGUAAAAACGUUGCAUUAGAGGCUCAAAUGCACCUAAGAAUGAAUGCAACCUUUGUUAUUUUAGCUAGAAAUUCCGAUCUUGAUGGGGUUAUUUCUUCUAUUAAAUCUCUGGAAAAGCAUUUUAAUCGACACUUUAACUAUCCCUACACUUUUCUGAAUGAUGACCCAUUUGAUCAAAAGUUUAUGGACACGGUCCGUAAAUAUACAGCAGCGGAUAUAGAGUUUGGAGAAAUUGGAAAGGAUAUGUUUGGAUUUCCGGAUAAUAUUGAAGUUCCAAUGUAUCAAGAGGCUAUAGCUGACCAAGGAGAUCGGGGUAUUAUGUAUGGAGAUGCAGAAAGCUAUCACCAUAUGUGCAGAUUCUUUUCAGGGUUUUUUUACAAACACCCCCUUUUACUAAAAUACCAAUGGUAUUGGCGUGUAGAACCAGAUGUGACUUUUACUUGCGAUAUACCUUAUGAUCCUUUCUACUAUAUGCAAAAGCAUGGAAAGAUAUAUGGGUAUGUUAUAGCAAUUAAAGAAUUGGAGGACACUGUGCCCAGCUUGUUUCGAUAUUCCUCUGCUUAUCGCCGCACAAAGCAACUCACUUCGGGAUUGUGGAACUUUUUCUUAGAAUCUCCAGAUUCCGAAGUUAAGUCUGAAGAGAAGGUUGUGGAUGCGAAUAAUGUAGAAUAUGAAUCUUCAUCCUUUAAGUCUCAACUGGACUCAAAAAUGAAGACUUUAUAUUUCGAAGAAACUUCCAACAUGGAUGGAGAAGCGUACAAUAUGUGCCAUUUUUGGAGCAACUUUGAGAUUGCAAGUUUUGACUUUUUUCGCAAUGAAAAAUACGAAGACUUUUUCCAGACCAUGGAUAGAACAGGAGGUUUUUGGACUGAAAGAUGGGGUGAUGCGCCGUUUCAUUCUUUAGCAGCUGGCCUUUUUCUGAAAGAAUCAGAGGUACAUUACUUUCGCGAUUUUGGAUACCGGCACUCAGAUAUUUAUCACUGUGGUCAGGACCUUGGCUGCAAUUGUGAGUGCCUGCCCGAAUUUCCAGAAAUUGAAUUUGCUGAAGGAGGUUGUUUCCGGCAGUGGGCUAAAGUUGUCGGUGAUGGACUCUUAUAA